AUGGCCGACCUCGUCCUGCCCGCGUCCCUGCUGGACACCGACCUGUACAAGAUAACUAUGCAGCAAGCCGUGCUGCAGCACUUUCCUGCAGUCCAGGGCACCUACCGCUUCACCCACCGCAGCAAGGACGUCUACUUCACCCGCGAGUGCUACCUCCGUUUCAAGCGCUCGGUCUCGGCCUUCGACCGACUGGCGCUCUCGUCCUCGGAGCGGGCGUGGCUCGAGAAGGCCUGCCCCUAUUUUAAACCCACAUAUCUUGAUUACCUCGAGGCCUAUCGCUUCAAGCCCGAGCAGCUCUCCAUCUCUUUUGAGCCCGGGCGCGAUGCCGACAGGGGCCACAUCCACAUUGACGUCUCCGGCCCUUGGGAGGAGACUAUUCUUUGGGAGGUCCCGCUCAUGGCCUGUCUCAGCGAAAUCUACUUCACGACGGUGGACACCGACUGGGACUACGAAGGCCAAGAAGACGCCGCAUACAAGAAGGCCGAGACUAUGCUCCAAGCUGGAUGCGUCAUCAGCGAGUUUGGUACCAGAAGACGACGUUCGUUCCACACGCAGGAUAUCGUCGUGAAGUCCUUGAUUCGAGCAGCAAAGGACAAUGCUGGAAAGGGUGCAGUCAACGGCACUAGCAAUAUGCAUUUAGCAAUGAAGUACGAAGUAGCACCGAUCGGCACCAUCGCACACGAAUGGUUCAUGGGCAUCGGUGCAUUGAAAGGGUACGAACACGUCAACGCCAUGGCCCUGACGACGUGGCAAGAGACGUACGCGGACGCCCUCCAAAUCGCAUUGACCGACACGUUCUCGACAGAGGUGUUCUUCAAGGAUUUCGCUGCGAACCCGCAUCUGGCCCGGCAGUGGUCCGGCCUGCGGCAAGACUCGGGCGACCCGUUCAUCUUCGCGCCGCGAGCAAAGGGCGUGUAUGAGCAGCUCGGGAUUGACUUCCGGCAGAAGACGAUCAUCUUCUCCGACGCGCUCGACGUCGAGAAGGUGCUCCGGCUCCAGAGGCAGUGCGACGAGCUCGGGAUGCGCUGCGGAUUUGGGAUCGGCACGUCGUUGACGAACGACUUCAAGACAAAGUCAAGUGGGUACACGGAGAAGAGCCGGGCGCUGAACAUGGUCAUCAAGCUAUCGUCGGUCGCCGGGACGCCGACGGUAAAGAUCAGUGAUGAGAUUACGAAGAACACUGGUGAUCUUGCGAUAGUGCAACAAGUCAAGGAGUUGUUCGGUAUACCGAUCAAGGAAAUCGACCGGAGAGUGGGUUAG